AUUCUCACAAGCUGUUGUGUUUACUGUACAACAGACAGACUUUUGUGUCUUCAGCCACCAGCACCACUGGCACGGACAGGAUGGAAAAAUCAGUGUGGACAAGCAUCUUUGAGAUUGAAUCACAAGAUCUCAAUCACACCUGGCAUCUGGACUUUGAUUCUUCUAUUAUACCUGAGCUACCGGAGCAGGGAUGGAAGGAGUACCUCAGGAAAACAUUGGCAGAGUUUCAGUGCACCAGAUGUCACAGAAGAUGGCCUUCCAACAGAGUGAUGGUGGUCUUCCAUAUGCGCCUGAUGGAGGACAAGGGCAUUGUCAAAGUGAGGCCCUUCCGUCAGAACUGUAAGAAGUGCAGGGACGCACCAAUGGAAGAACCCAGCAUCACCCCAGAGAGAAUAACUAUUCUCCUGCAGAAUCUGGUGAAGAAGAUAAGAAUAAAGUGCUACCAUGAAAAUCUGAAUGAAGGCAACCAUAUUUUUGAGGGGAUUAAUGUCAAUAACCCCCAUGAGCCUGAUCAUUGCGAGGGAUGCAUGGCAGGCAUCUGUACAAGAGCUUGAAUUGACCCCCAGGGGACAAAUAAAGUUCUUUGAUUGAUUGAUUGAGCCUCUCUCAUGCAACAAAUAUACCAGGGCCUUUAAUGCAAUUUAAACUUCAAAAUAAUAAGUUUAAUGUAUUGGUGAUGUACGUGCUGUCAACUGAUUAAAAAUAACUCCAAGGGAAAAUGUAUUUGCACACAUUAAAGAAAUAGUCUACAGAUGAACACCCGAGAGAUAACUAUGUCAGUACAAUAUCUACCUAAACACUUUUGACUGCAAUACAUCAUAUAAAGAAACUCUUUGUUUUAUUGCUACUCUCUGUGCUAUACUGUAGAAAUGAGCAAUGUCAAUAGAAGUCAUGAAGUCAUUAAAAAAAUAAAUGGAUCUGUGAAGAAGAUUUUGCUAAUUUUCCAGUGAAUAUUUGAGCUGAUUUUAACUAAUGAUAUUUUACUAACUGAUUAUGGUUAAUUGCAAAGAAGAAAAUUGUUGCCGUUGUUGCUGCCAGCACACAGGAAGUGUUAACUUGCUGUGCCACGGCCGCAGCAAAUUAACGCUUCCUGUGUGCUUGAGGGCACAAACACAUACAUACAGUAAAUACUCUAAAAAUCUGUACAGUCAGCACAAGCAGCAACAACAGCAGGGUGGAACAGACAAAGAAAAUAAACC